AAGAUGCUUUUUCUCUUUCCUGCAGCUGUUCAGCCCUUACGCUCAUUUCUUUUCUCUCAGCACCACAAAGGCGACACUUGCCGGCUUUACAGACGGAACGGACGGAGUUGAUCAUUUAUCAUCACUCGCCGAACUGUGGACCACCCCGCGUCGGUAUGGGUGCGCUGAAUAAAGGACGCAACGUUUAUACUGCGGCUCUUCUACUUUGUGUUUAUUGCACGUCAUCCGUCAUCUCCAAAGGUGCUACAGGGGAUGCUCAGCCAGGCAUCCAACCCGCAGUGCAGAGCACCCUGCCGCACUUCAUUCAGGAGCCAGAGGACGCCUACAUAAUCAAGAGCAAUCCCAUUAAACUGCGCUGUCGAGCCACACCUGCCUUGCAGAUCUUCUUUAAAUGCAAUGGAGAAUGGGUUCACCAGAAUGAGCACUUCUCCCAUGAGUAUAAGGACCUCAACACUGGACUCAAGGUGCGAGAGGUGAUGAUCAACGUGUCCCGUCAGCAGGUAGAGGAUUUCCAUGGCCCAGAAGACUUCUGGUGUCUCUGUGUGGCGUGGAGUCACCUAGGUACCUCCAAGAGUCGCAAGGCUACUGUUCGCAUUGCCUACCUGAGAAAAAACUUUGAGCAGGACCCCCAGGGGAAGGAAGUGCCAAUCAAUGGGAUGAUCGUUCUGCACUGUCGCCCUCCAGAGGGAGUGCCUGUGGCAGAGGUGGAAUGGUUGAAGAAUGAAGAGGUGGUCAAUUCCCAAACUGACGACAACAUCGACACUAGGGCAGACCACAACCUCAUCAUUAAUGAGGCUCGUCUCUCGGACUCGGGCAACUACACCUGCAUGGCCAGCAACAUUGUGGCCAAGAGACGCAGUACUACAGCCACUGUGACAGUCUUUGUUAAUGGCGGCUGGUCCCUGUGGACAGAGUGGUCACCUUGUAACGUGCCAUGUGGGCGAGGUGUGCAGAAGAGAUCGCGUACCUGUACCAACCCAGCACCGCUGAACGGUGGAGCUUUCUGCGAGGGAAUGUCUGUGCAGAAGAUAUCAUGCAACGCCCCAUGUCCAAUCGAUGGAGGCUGGGGUGAAUGGAGUGAAUGGACCAUAUGCAGCAGCCAGUGUGAAAGACAGCGAAGUCGAGAGUGCAACUCCCCAGCACCCAAACACAGAGGCAAGAUGUGUGAUGGGAGCUCAGAGCCCACUGAGAACUGCACAGAUGGACAGUGUACCCAGAAUCGAAAGCUGCUACAUGAUGUUAAACCUCAAAGUGUGGACAGUUCCAAUGACGUGGCUCUGUACUCUGGCUUGGGAGCUGGUAUUAUUGCCGUGGGUAUUCUGGUAGUGGCUGUCAUGCUGUACAGGAAGAACCAGAGCGAGUAUGGCGUAGAUGUCAUUGAUUCCUCUGCGCUUGCCGGAGGGUUUCAGUCUUUUAACUUCAAGACCACCAGACAAGGAAACCCCUUACUUCUCAACUCCACUAUUCCGCCAGACUUAACUGUGGGACGCACCUAUAGCACUUCCCUGUGCUUCCAGGACGGUGCAGACAAAGAGCUUUUUGACCCCUUGCCAGACAUCAAAGUGAAAGUGCAGAGCUCAUUCAUGGUCUAUGGUGUGGUGGAGCGGUCCGAGCUCCAUGCCAAAGCCCCCGUUGAGACUUUCCCACGGGACCUGAGCCGGGAUUACUGCAGCUCAAUGGACAGACGCAAUAAAGGUCUACUCACCUUCAAUGGACCUUUGAGCAUCAGUAAAGAGCAGCUGAGGACUACUGGUGUGUUUGGUCUGCCUGGAGGACGGCUGGUGCUGCCGAACACUGGAGUCAGCCUGCUGGUGCCUCAUGGAGCUGUGGCUGAAAAUAUGUCCUGGGAGAUGUACAUGGUGAUCAGUCUGGGAGAGGCAAGUGUCAGUACUCUGGAAGGCUGUGAAAUCCUCCUGAGCCCCGAGGUGAUGUAUGGUCCUCCCGGUCUGGACCUAUCCUGCCCAGUGGCCAUGACCCUGGCUCACUGUGCUGAGGUAGACUCUGAGAACUGGAACAUUCAGCUCAAGAGGAGGACCCAGGGCAAUAAAUGGGAGGAGGUGAUGUUGGUGGAGGAUGAGUCUACUUCAUGUUACUGCCUAAUGGACUCGACAAGCUGCCACUUGCUGCUCAACCAGCCAGGUUCCUACGCCCUCGUGGGCGAGCCCCUGACACAGGCUGCCAUCAAGAGGCUAAAGCUGGCUGUGUUUGGGAACAUGGAGGGUACUUCUAUGAACUACAGCCUGCGGGUGUACUGUGUGGAUGAUACGCCACAUGCCUUUCAGGGAGUGGUGGCAGCAGAGAAGAGUAGAGGGGGUCAGCUUCUCGAGGAGCCAAAGAUGUUGCCUUUUCGAGCGAACACCUUCAGCCUGCAGGUGUCUAUCCAGGAUGUCCCCCAGUUCCUGUGGAGCAUCAAACCCUUUACCACCUGUCAGGAAUUCUCCUUCCCUCAAGUGUGGUGCAGCAACCGGCAGCCUCUGCACUGUGCCUUCUCUCUGGAGAGAUACAGCCCAGGCACCACGCAGCUCUCCUGCAAAAUCAGCGUGCGGCAGGUCAAAGGCCAUGAACAGAUUCUGCAGGUUUACACAGCUGUUGGCAAGACUGAAAAGGAAUUGGUUCCAAUUUUCAUGCAGACAGACUGCACCAUCACCUCUCAGACGGGGCCCAAGGCUUUCAAAAUCCCCUUAUCCAUCCGCCAGAGGAUUUGCGCCACCUUUGACACUGCCAACGCCAAGGGCAAGGACUGGCAACUCUUAGCCCACAAACUCCACUUAGAUCGAAACCUUGCUUAUUUUGCAAAGCAGCAGAGUCCCUCAGCCGUCAUACUGUGCCUAUGGGAGGCUCGCCACCAGGACACGGCUGACCUUGACUCUCUUGCCAGUGCCCUUGAGGAAAUUGGCAAGAUUCACCCCAAAAGUUCCCCCAGGGAUCAGGAUGAGCAGGAGACUGACUUGAAUCAAAUACAGGAGAGCAGUCUGAGAUGAAUCUCCACAUUUGCAAAUCAUAAGGCAGAAGGUUCAGCAUCUCAAUAUCCAGGCUGAAGGAAGAACAUCAACCUGUCUUGAGUACACACAAUGAAGUGUGGUGGUGUGGCGCAAUGUGUCAAUGUAGACACAAUGAUCUGUCUCAACAGGGAGAGAUUCGGCUUUACCUGCUGUGGAUUCUAUUACUACUGUCCUCUUUAUUAAGCAGCCUACUACCGCUACUGCUAAUCAACUUCACUUUGUUUUUUGUUUACAACUUAAUUUUAUGUAUUCCGUCCUAGUGGAUUGGUGGGAGAGACAGAUAUUGUGUGUCUAGUAGUUUUUGAUUUGCCGUGAGAACAAACGCGAUAUCCACCCUAGUAUUGGCAGAAGAUACUAAUUGCAUACAGUAAAUGUUGUAUUUGUGAAAAUUCAAGGAAUUGGAUCAUAUUCAUCUCUUAAAACUGUCCUGAAGAUCUAGUUCUAUUUUCAGACUUUGAGCAUAAUAUAUGUUGUAUGAUAAAAUUAUGGUAUACUUUCCAUCAUCUACACCAGAGGUGUCAAACUCAAGGCCCGGGAGCCAGAUCCGGCCCGCCACUUGAUUUUAUGUGGCCCGCGAAGGAAAAUAAUGUGUGUCAACUUCCAUGAUUCUUGUUAAAAUCUGCAACGAAAUUUCAAAUGGUCAUAUAUCAUAAGUGAUAAUGUUGAGAUACUGCAAGCAUUUUUGUGUUACCAAACAUGAACAACAGUUGAAAAACCCAUUACCAUUGAUUUCUGAUUCCAAAACUAUUUCAUAAAUUUCGCGUGUAAAUAUGAUGAAGCCGAUUAAAGAUUUUUAUGGUUUCACAGUCAUAAUGGCCCUCUGAGGGAAACCAUAACUACAAUAUGGUCUGCGACAAAAAAGAGUUUGACACCUCUGAUCUACACUAUGACAGCAUGGUUAGAGAGUGACUGCCUGACAUUCUCGCAUUGUCCAGUGGUUGAGUGAUUGCAUAUCGCGUUUUUACAGUUUUUUUCACUGCCUGAAAAAGGGAGCUGUCGGGGCUGCAUGACUGUGGCUUAUCAACCAAUUACACCGUUAAGAGCUGUCAUGUUGACUUCACAUGAGCACACCAAACAAAAUUCCAUGCAUCUCCAUUUUACUGGGGUAGCAGGAAGACUCGAAAACUGGAAAUAAAAUAUAUUCACAAUAUAUUUUGACACCCCCAAAGGUUUGAGAUUAUUCCGACUGUGCUAGUCCGAUCACAGAUCGGAACAGUAAAAAUCAAUACAAUAAAACAGGUAGGAAUUGCAGAAAUACGCUCCUCUAUAUUACUCUGUUAGUUUCUGUUUGGUUUUCUUUCCAUAUCAUUGUUAUAUUUGACAGACUAAUUAAGUUCACCUAAGAAGAGGAAAGGCACGUGGAUUUUAUAAAUGAUUACAUUAAUGAAUUCUUUACUGACUGCGGGAAGAAAUUAGUAUACCGUAUAUUGACUGACCUUUGCAACCAACCAAGUCAAAUAAUUUUAAUCUUUCCAAAUUGCAUGGUUAGUGCCUUGGCCGAAUAUAAACCAUACAAUGUCGUUGCCAUGAAGUAACAUAAAUGUGUGUUGAAGGCAACACAUUAGGUAUACGUACGGUAAAUUUCCUUCAGAGCAACAAAAUAUACUGAAUAUCGGGAAAUUAACAAUCACAGUACUUGUGACCAUGUGCAGGCAUACUGAAUGAUUAAUGGAGUUACGUGAAGGAGCUGCAUGCUCCUAUGUAACACCUGGUUCAUCAGUGUUAUUCGGGAAAUUGGUAAUUAACAGUCUGUGUUAACCAGUGUCAAAACAUCUUCACUUAUAAAUUUAUUACGCACUUGAAAAUUUGGAGCCGCACUUUAGAUGUAUGCCUUACGGUUUGUUUAACAAAUAUUCUCUGGGAAAUAGCCAGUGGCGACUGCUUGGAAAAGGGGAGGCACUAUUGUGGUAUCGUUGGAAUUCUAUCAUUCAAAUUGGAUAAUUGCCAUGGUUAUCCGCAAAUAUUACAGGCACAAUGAGGUCGAAAAAACAUUUAAGUGAAAUUCUGAGGCAAAAGGCAAGAGUGCAAGAAUCUCAAAAUUAUAUUUAAUUUCAAAAGCAGGUGGCACGUUGGUCGACUGGUUAGCACAUCUGCCUCACAGUUCUGAGGACCGCGGUUUAAAUCCCAGCCCCGCCUGUGUGGCGUUUGCAUGUUCUCCCCGUGCCUGCGUGGGUUUUCUCCGGGCACUCCGGUUUCCUCCCACAUCCCAAAUGCAUUAAUUGAAGACUCUAAAUUGCCCGUAUGUGUGAAUGUGAGUGCGAAUGGUUGUUUGUUUAUAUGUGCCCUGCGAUUGGCUGGCGACCAGUUCAGGGUGUACCCCGCCUCCUGCCCGAAGUUAGCUGGGAUAGGCUCCAGCACUACCGCGACCCGCUUGUGGAUAAGCGGUUCAGAAAAUGGAUGGAUGGAUGAAUUUCAAAAACAAUAUGCAUGCAGGCAAAAAUAGUCCAACAGUCCAAAAAAAACAAGGUUCCAAGUAACAAAGAAACCCUAGAGAUAAACUAAUGACAUAAAACAUAACAUGACUGGAGAACUGUGACUCACAGCAACAGACUACAAAUGACAAUAAAACAACCAUGACUGACAGAAACCAGGGAUCUAAAUACAAGCAAACUGACAAGACAACGAGGAGCACCUGGACAAGACUUGUGGCUGGAGGGAGCUGAUAAGUUGACACAAGGUUAUUAAUAUGUGACACAGGAAAACCUGACAAAAGCAUGAAACAAACUAAAUAAUCAGAACCAAGUUAAAAAAACAAAACAAAACAAAAACGCAGGCCAUGACAAAUGUGGCGUGUUGUAACAUACAUUAGUUAAAUUUUUAAAUAUAUAAAUAAGAUAUAUAAAAUAUUUGCAAACAUUAGCAACAAAAUUCAGUUUCGUGUUCACAGAUGCGUUUUAAACACAAUGGGCUCUAUUUUCCUGACUAGCUCAAAUCCCGCACGGCGCGUGGCGUAACUCUGCGGGGGCGACAAGAAGACGGGUGCUGGUGUGGGCGUCAACAAAGCUGGCUUCAAUCCUGUCCAAUCGAAGCGGGUUAUUGCAUACCCUUUAAAAGCGGCGCAAAUAGUCUCACAUGGUGACAUCAUAUAUGCGGGAGAGGACUCAGCGACCAGGACUGUAGCAUUGAUGUUUACCGGUAUACCCUUAUUAAAGGUACCAAAUGUUGGCUAUUUAGACCUUCUUAGAGUGAUUCUAUAACGUGGACUAAGUAUAAGUGUCAAUUUCAUUUUAAAAAUGACAUACUAGUGUCUGGAAAAGGCCCCUCUGACAGCUACUUCUGUUUGGUCCAGUUUUGUAUCUGCUUUGUCCAUCUUUGGUUAAGACCGCCCCCUUUCCUCAGAUUGGUUGCUUCUAUGUAGAAGACCCAACCAUCACUACUUUGUUAUGUUGAGGGAGCGGAGAGGGAGACGGAGAUCUUCGCUAGUGACGUAGAUAAACUCGAGAAAUUCAAACGACCUGAUUUCAGGCCUCUUGGCAGAAAAACAUCUGGAACUCAGGAAUGCUUGGACAAUUUUAAUUCAUAUUUUACAUGUUUACUGAGGCAUCAUAGAGACGAUAUAACUUCCAAAUACUAGAAAAUGUUUCUUUGGCAAAAUACAGGACCUUUAAAUACUGAAUGAGAUGAUGAAAUUUCCCUGGCGACUUAAGUGUCCACGAACUUCAUUGAUUUAUAUCACCUCUAACCAUAGUUCGUUUCCACCCCCCGGCACCCUCCCCCCUUUGUGCUGUAGGUGUGACAAAGAAAAUAUAAUAAUAAAAUGACUAAAAAAUAUAAUAAUAAUAAUAAUAAUAAUGCAUUCAAUGGAUUGAUUUCUCGAAGGAUUUUAUAGUUUGGAUGCCCACUGUUGAAAUAAAUCUGUCAUCCACCACCCAAGUCACCACCAAGACCUCCAUCAAGUGCAUCUUCAAGGGCACACCUUCGCUGCGCUGACACCGCCCAGCUUGGCAAAGUCUUGGUCUUGCAUGAAAAUGAAGAUGCAUCAUUGAAAAUAGAGCCCUCAGUCACCAAAAUGUCACCUGCUCCAGUCGGAAGCCGAACGACACGCCCCCCGUUGCGCCGACACCGCCUAGCUUGGCACAGACCGGUCUGCCAAAUAGGCAAACGUGCAAGCGAGCCUUACGCUGCUAAGAAUAUCAAGAUGUGCAUUUGCGCUCCAUUCCACAUUGCGCAGUCUAUGAAUAUAGAGCCCAGUAUAUUGUAUUAGAUGAUAUUCUGUUGGCUAUUUUGAACAAUAUUGAUCAUUAUUGUUUAUUAUAUCAGUGGUUUGUCAUGGUGUGACUUCCAAUGAACUGCCUUGUGUCUGAAUGAUGUGAAUGACUUUACUGGGAGAACAUACUGUACAAGAUUUUCAUUUGCCUCCAUCUGCAUUUCCAGCCCAAAUAAAUAAUAACCGUGUGAAUUCUUUGAUGAAUCUCUAACUGUAACAGAUGAUCUAUUUAAUUUGCCACAAUUAAAAACUGCCAAAAUGAAAAGUUUAACAAUGGCUUAUGUUGCACUGAGCUCAUCCUGCGUGUGUUACUCAGCAUUCACUUCAAUUUUAGAUGUGUCUCAGAUAUGUCAACUGUGUCUCUUUGAUUAAACACAAUGUCAGACAUGCACAUACACAGAUUUGUCCUCACUGUGUACUGUACAAUGCUUUGGUGACAUUGGCUAACAUUAACUCUGUUUCAGGUGAAAAAGUUUGAAGUUGUGUAAAUGAUUCCUUUUACCCUGAGUUGGUCCUUCUCAUGCUCUUUUUUUUCUUUUGUUUUUCUUUCGUUCUUUUUUUUCUGCACGCAUGGCCUUUGGCUUCAUAUCACUAUUCUCGUGCCUUGUUUAACUACUGUAAAUGGUGGAUGUUGUAAAGUACAGAUGGGAAUGAAAAAAAUAAUCACACUGAUAAACAUUAGGUAAAAUGUAUUUCAAUUAUAUUAUUGAAUAGGCUACAGAGCUUUUCUAGUGCUGAACAUCCUGGGUUUGGUAAUACCAGGACAGCUUUGUGGUAUAUUGGAUCUAUAAUUAUGGACAUUUUGGAUGUUUUCUGUACAGUAGAAUUUGCAAAUGUAUAUGCAGCCUUUUGGAAAUAAAUGUACAGUUGAAAGUA